AUGAACGCGCUUGCUUGGGAUAAAUGUCACAAGUCAAAAGUGUAUUAUAGCAAGGCAAUGGAUAUGUGGGAUCCAGAUUUUGAACAACCCGGGUCUUCAUCUGGUAGUGAAAGCGAUGAAGAUGUAACAAUUCAAAUAAAACAACGACCGACAACAGCAAAUAGGGAAGAGCAAGUUAUUGCCAACAAUACCAAUAAAACCAGACAUAAUAGGGGCAAAAAUCGUGCAAUAAAAGGAGAUACGAGGGCUGUACGACAGCACAGAAAGGAGAAACGUAAUACUGGCCAGGAAUAUAAAAAGUUGUCAAAUCAGUCUGGAAUUACAGUAGCUGAUGGCAGAGGAAAAAGUGCACCACCAAACAAACGAACCUUGCAAGAUAUAGAAAACGUUCGGCAACAUAUACUUUCAGUGCCUACGUAUGAAAGUCACUACACACGCAGAGAUUCUACAAAAAAGUAUUUGCCGCCAUACGUCACACUGACCGAUCUCUAUAACGAGUACAAACAGAAAUAUCCUGUGAAACCCGUGUCAAGAUUUGUAUACGAACGUGAGUUCCACCAAUUAAAUAUCAGCAUAAAGCGUCCUCAUAAAGACACCUGUGAAAAGUGUGAUAAGUUAUCAAUGCAAAUUAAUCUUCAUCCAACUAAUAAUACACUAAAAGAUGAUCUUGCGCAUCAUCAUAAACUUGCAGACUUAGCUUAUCUGUUUAAAAAGAAAGACAAAACUGUUACCAAAGAUGAUCCAGAAAGGAAGACUAUAACCUUUGACUUGCAAUAG